CAAGGAAUAUGAAGCUACUUUCGGUAGCUUUCCUUGCCGCUCUUGCCAUCCUGGCAAGGGCCUCAGCGAAAAAGAGACAGACAACACAUACAGCAUGCAUUCCACAGGACAUUGUUUACAUGGUGGACUCUUCAAGUUAUGUUGGAACAAACAAUUUUCUGCAAGAACUAAGUUUUAUUAAAAAUAACCUAAGAUACUAUAAUCUUAGCCCACAAUGUACCCGCAUCAGCGUGGUGACAUAUAGCUCUGGGGUGUACAAUCAGUUCUACUUGAACCAAUAUCACUCCCAACAAGAGCUUUACAAUGCCAUUGAUGCGAUCCAGUACAAAGCUGGCGGUACAAAUACCGGCAAUGUGAUCAACUGGGUGAACAGCAACUCCUUCACCGCUGCAAAUGGUGGGCGAGUCGGUGUGCCCCACUAUGCUGUCUGGGUUGGUGGAAGCUCGGGAGCGAAUCCUUCCCAGACCGUUGAAGCUGCAGCCACUGCUCGCAAUGCUGGGAUGAUGUUUUUCUCAGUCGGGGUUGGUAAUGGUGUCAACAACGGCGAACUACGCGGCAUGACUGGCAGUGCCAAGAACAUGUUCCAGUCCCAGAACUUCAACUCCCUUAGCACCAUCGCGGAACCUCUAGCUAUUAGACUUAAUGGAGCUGUUGCCCCAGUUGCUGGACAAGUCAUGGGAUCACCAAGCACAUGUAUGCAGCAAGCCGACAUUGCCUUCCUGGUUGAUGGAUCUGGCAGCAUUGGUUCAACCAACUUCCUUAAGCUUGAGAACUUUGUGAAGGACGUGGUGGGCAAGCUCGACGUUGGAGCGAACAAGGUCCAUGUGAGCGUGACCCAGUUCUCCAACUACCCGAAACAGGAAUUCCCUCUUAACAUGUACAACACGCGACCAGACGUCAUGUCAGGCAUUGACCAAAUCCACUACAUGGGAGGAGGCACAAACACAGCUGAUGGAAUCAAAUAUCUUCGGGAACAUGUGUUCGCUACCUCCGAAGGAGCAAGACCAAACGUACCUCGUAUUGCCGUCGUGAUAACAGACGGACGCAGCUCCAACAGCGCCGCUACAGCUUCCGAGUCAGACAAGGCCAGACAGAAUAACAUUGGUCUGCUGGCUGUUGGUGUUGGUGGCGGUGUGGACAUCAACGAGCUCCACAGCAUUGCUGACGACCCGGACAACGCUAACACCUUCACUGUAUCUAACUUUGACCAGCUUGACAGCAUCGUCACUCAGAUUAUCCAGCGUGCAUGCAAUGUGCGGUCAACUGCUCCACCAGCCACCUCAGCUUCCAUGGUAACGCACCCCGUAGACCCGUGCCAGGACAGUCUCAGCAACUGUGACAAGUUUGACAAAUCCGUCUGCUCUGGAACAUACUUUCUCUGGGCAAAGGAUAAUUGCCAAAGAUUCUGUGGCUUCUGUGUCCCAACUUACACGGAACCUCCACCGCCAUGUGUAGAUGCACUAUCCAACUGUAACCAGUACAGCCCAUCCUCAUGUGUUGGCAACUACACAACAUGGGCACAUGAUAACUGCCGCAAAUUCUGUGGUUACUGCGAUGCUACUCAGCAGUCUGUUGGAUAUUAUGGCAAGUGUUUUUACAAGAACAAGGCUUAUGAGGUCGGAGCGACCUGGGACGAUGGCUGCGAUUACCAGUGUACCUGCCAAGAUGGAGCCACAGGAAAAUACCAGUGCUACAACAAAUGCCCAGUGUACUACAACCUUCCCUCCCAGUGUACCCUUGUAAAAAGUGAAACUGAAUGUUGUCUGCAACCCGUGUGCGACUUCAGCCCACAAAUCUCCUCUUUCGAGACAACUAGCCCGGGAAAGACUGUCGACGGAAUUUCUGUGUGUGAGUACCAUGGCCACCUCUACUACCAGGGCCAGACCUGGACGGACGGCUGCCAGUACACAUGUGCCUGCUCAGAUGCUACACGCGGACUUUACAAGUGCCAAACUAUGUGCCCUACAUACAACAACCUGCCAAGCUACUGUCAUUUGGAGCAGAAGGCCGGACAAUGUUGCAGCAAGCCCGUAUGUGAGUUCAAGACCCAAUCUGGCAGCUUUUCUGGCAGUGGAACAAUCAGUGGACACGGAACUGGACUCGUCCCUACUGCACCAUCUGCAUGUGUUGACGCCCUCCCAGACUGCAAUCGCUACGGCGCUUCUUCAUGCACAAGCUUCAGGCCCUGGGCCAUGGACAACUGCAGGAAGACAUGCAAACUUUGUGAUGAGACUGCGCCAAACCCCGGGCCCACCGAUGUGUGUAUCUACAAUGGACAGGGCUUUAAACAGGGCCAGUCAUGGAAAAUCAGCUGUGAUACGACUUGCACCUGUGAGAAUGCGGUAUUCGGAUACUACAGAUGUAUGAACUCUUGCCCUGAGUACACAAACAUCCCCAGCACAUGCCAGGAAGUAAAGAAAGCAGGCGACUGCUGCACAAAGAUUGAGUGUCAACCGGGCACAGGAACAUUCCUGUCCUCCACUGGAAACCUGCAGACGAUCGGCGGGGGUGGUCUUAUUGAGGUUCCCGGCCAGGUGACCCCAACCCUCCCAUCCGGAGCCAUCCCCUCUCCCGGAACUGGUGGCACCGGCGGCGUCGCUCCCUCGCUCAAGGGUUGUCUGUACAAGGGAAAUGUAUACAUCGAAGGCCAGACCUGGGAUGAUGGGUGCCAGUACUCCUGCACCUGUGAUGAUGCCACACACGGACUUUACACAUGCAGACAGAAGUGCCCCCAGUUCAAUAACAUCCCAUCUGAGUGUCACCUGGAGGUUGACCCUGCUGAUCCCUGCUGCCAGGUGCCCAAAUGUCAGUUUACUGGUACCCCAACUCCUGUCAUUCCUUCAUACAAUCCCAGCAUCACAGGCCACAAUGUUGUUGAGCCCCCCAGCCCUGGUGAGCUUUACCAUGGAUCAGUGACUCCAAAUGUGGUGGUUUUCACCAUCCCAGGAGGCGUUUCUGCUCCCACAGCUCAGACUAACAUCACUGGAGGAAUCGGUUAUUGUGAGUACAAAGGUCACCGCUACCAGCAAGCAGAGACAUGGGAAGAUGGCUGCAUCUACAACUGUGUCUGCGAAGACUCCACCAUUGGCUUCUACAGAUGCAGAGACAAAUGUGCGAAAUUCCCUCCCCUUCCGGCAGCAUGUCACAUGAUCCCAGACCCGAGCAAUGCGUGCUGCCAGAUCCCCAAGUGUGACUUCACAGGCGUUGUCACAUCCAUGACGAACGCAGUCACCCAGCCUUCCUUCACCAACCCACCUCAGCCAACACAGGCACCACAGAUCUUCACCACAUCCGCUCCUAAGAUGUGCAUAUACAAGGGAAUGCAGUACAGUGAAGGUCAACAGUGGUUUGACGGCUGUGACUUCAAGUGUACCUGCGUCAACGCCAUGGUUGGAUACCACCAGUGUAGCCCUAGGUGCCCCCAGUUCUUCAACGUUCCUGCUGGAUGCACAGAGGUGCCCGACCCCAAUGACCCAGCCUGCUGCAAGGUACCCCAGUGCAUACCUACUCCACCUCCAGGUGCUACUAUGGACCCCCACAACAUCCCAACCAUCUCUCCUGGAACAUUCGUCGGCCAACCCAACACUACCUCAUUCAUAGGAUUCUGUACAUACAAGGGUCGCCAGUACCAGGGAGGAGCAACAUGGGACGAUGGCUGUGACUACACCUGUCUCUGUGAAGAUGCUUCAUCUGGCCGUUACUCAUGCACAGACCGUUGCCCAAGCUAUGGAGCCCUGCCACCCCAGUGUAAGAUGGUACCAGACUUCACCAACCCUUGCUGCCAGAAGCCCACUUGUGAUUUUUCUGGGUCGUUCACAGACAUUACGGGCACCCUGACACCAGUACCAAACCCUGGUGGCCCCACCCUCGUACCGAAUCCCAACCCCAACCCUGUGACUAAUGCACCUACACCCAGGUACUGUGUGUACAAGGCCGCUAUGUACAGCCAGGGCCAGAGCUGGAAUGAUGGAUGUGACUACAGAUGCCGAUGUGACGAUUCUAGCAAGGGCCUCUAUGUCUGCAAUGACAGGUGCCCAUCGUACCCGAACAUCCCAUCCCAGUGUCACAUGAUUACUGACCCCAACGACUCCUGCUGCCGCAUGCCAACAUGUGACUUCACACCAACUUCUGGAGGAAUAAACGGAUCUGGGCCCACUUUGGCUCCUAACCCUAACCCUACUAUGGUUCCAACUAAGGUUCCAGGGGUGAUCAUUGGCCAUGCCAACACUCCCGCCCCAACCCCAGGCCCUGAUGGAAGCACCCAGGCACCAAUGCCUCUGACCUACUGUGAGUACAAGGGGUCUCAGUAUGCCCAGGGUGCCGUAUGGGACGAUGGAUGUGAUUACACUUGCCGAUGUGUCGAUGCCACCAUGGGCAAAUACCAAUGUGACGAGAAAUGCCCGAAGUACUCGAGCAUUCCGGCCCAGUGUCACAUGAUGAAGGAUGCUGCGAAACCAUGCUGCUUCAAGCCCGUCUGUGACUUCACAGGCACCAGUGGGGGGAUUACAGGCCAGGCCACCACCAUCGCGCCGAACCCGAUGAAUACACUUGUACCCAACCCGAACCCCAAUCCCAACCCGAAUCCAAACCCAAAUCCAAACCCAAACCCGAAUCCUACACUGGCGCCACUACCUAAAGCGGUGUGUGUGUACAGGACGUCACAGUACACUCAGGGCCAGACAUGGUAUGAUGGCUGUAACUUCAAGUGUACAUGUGAGAAUGCAAUGGCAGGAACAUACAGAUGUAAUGAGAGGUGUGCGGACUACACAGUACCAGCGGGCUGUACCCUGGUGGCCGACCCAUCAGACCCUAUCUGCUGCAAGAUUCCAUAUUGCGCUCCAAAACCUAACAAUCCUAACCCAAUUCCCACCGCACCCACAGGAGUGAUCACAGGGGGUAGUGUGACCCAGGCCCCCACCCCUAAGCCGACACCCGCCCCUCUCCCAGGACAGACCCCAAGCCCAACUUCAGCACCAACACCUGCACCCACUCCAGUGUGCGUCUACAAGGGCCGUCAGUACCUCCAGGGCCAGAAAUGGCGUGAUGGUUGUGACUACAACUGCGAAUGUAUCAACAGUAUGACCGGCCAGUACAAGUGUACUGAAAUUUGCCCGAAAUACCCCAACCUCCCAAGCCAGUGCCACCUCGUCCAGGACUACAACAAGCCCUGCUGCCAGGUGCCCACAUGUGAUUUCACAGGCUCAACUGGAGAGAUCACGUCCAAGGCCCCGACAUUCGUUCCAACCCCGGGCGGACCCACCAUGGCUCCCAGCCCCGGAUUCGUACCUACAUUUGCACCAACAUUCGCACCAACAUACGCACCCACAGCACCCAAAAAGCUGUGCAGUUACAAUGGGGUGAUGUUCAAGCAAGGCCAGCGCUGGGACGAUGGCUGUGACCUUCAGUGUGUCUGUGAAAAUGAAAUGACCGGAUACUACAGAUGUGACCAGAGAUGCCCAGUGUACCAGAACCUACCCGCGGGCUGCAUCCUUGGGACGGACCCUAAAGACCCAUGCUGCAGGGUACCUGUCUGCAAAUACAUGCCGACCCCAGCACCCAGCUUCACACCUGCUCCCAUCCCAGGACAGACUCCCGGGCCCAACCCGUACAACAUACCAACCCUUGUGCCACCCGUCAUCAACGGUCAAGGAGUGACCCCGACCCCAAUGCCAGGUCAGGUGACCCAGGCCCCAACCCCGAUGUGCAUAUACAAUGGCAAGACAUACAUGCAAGGACAGAAAUGGCAGGAUGGUUGCCAGUAUAACUGUGUCUGUGUUGAUGGCAUGUCAGGACAGUACAGGUGCACAGAGAGAUGCCCCGUGUACACAAACAUCCCGUCUAACUGUAGACUGGUUACAUCCGCGUCUGACUCCUGCUGCAAGGAACCAGUCUGUACUCAGGUACAGCCCACACCCGCCCCCAACCAGACACCAGCACCACUGCCAGGCACAGGAACCACCAAGAACCCAAGCAUUGGACCCACCUUUGCCCCUAACCCCAACCCCAUUCCGGGUGUUACACAAGCCCCUACACCAGGACCUGGACCCAACCCUAUUAUCACACCAGCCCCUACACCUAUGUGUGUAAUGAAUGGAAAGACAUACACGCAAGGUCAACAGUUCAAUGUGGGCUGUGACAAGAUCUGUGUCUGUGAUAAUGCCAUGACCGGACACUACAAAUGUGAUGACAGAUGCAAAGUCUACUCGAGCAUACCUGCUGAGUGUACGAUGGUUCCAGACCCACAAGACCCGAUCUGCUGCCAGGUCCCACAAUGCAUCUCUGUGCCACCCACCACCGGCCCAACUGGUGUCCCACCAACACUGUACACAAACUUCCCAACCGCCAUUGUGACUGGAACUGGUACCCCACCAACCGUGCCGACAAUGGCUCCCCAGCCCGGUGUCAUCACUCCUGCUCCUACACCAGCACCUCAGGUGUGUGUGUACAAGAACAUGCAGUACAUCCAGGGCCAGAGGUGGCAGGACGGCUGUGACUACAAUUGUGUCUGUGACAAUGGCAUGACCGGCAAAUACACUUGCACUGCCAGGUGUGCUGACUUCCCUAACCUGCCCCGACAAUGCCAGCUCCAGCGUGACCCUAAUGACUUCUGCUGCUACCAGCCCGUGUGUGAUUGGUCUCAGCCGACACCUAACCCCUUCCUGACCCCCAACCCCCUCACAACGGUGGCCCCACACAUUGGACCCACUCAGGCCCCUAUUCCAGGCCAGCCAAUUACCCCAGGCCCAACACAGGCCCCAACACAGCCUCCACAGCCCAGAUCAUUCUGCGUGUACAACGGUGUGACCUUUGCUCAGGGACAGGUGAUCAACGAUGGCUGCAGCAAGCAGUGCCGAUGUGACGAUGCCUCAAUGAACUACUACAAUUGUUACGACAGGUGUACAAGCUACCCACAAGUGCCAAGUGGCUGUAUCAUGGUGACCGACCCUAGCGAUGCCUGCUGCCAGAUCCCACAAUGCAACAUUGUACCGACUCCCGCACCAAACAUGACACCAGCCCCCAACCCGAAUCUGACCCCAGCUCCAGGACAGACGCUGGCCCCCAACUUGAACCCCACAUUUGCCCCCAACCCAUUCACAACUCAGGCUCCAAUUCCCACAGCUGUGACGGGAGUGGUCAUCAACAACCCUGACCCCACCAGGCCUCCAAGCCAGAAAGGAUUCUGUGUGUAUGGUGGAGUGAAGUACACAACCGGCCAGAAGUGGGAUGAUGGAUGUAACUUCCACUGUGAAUGUCUAGAUGACAUGUCUGGACAGUACAAGUGCACAGAGAGAUGUGCCCGUUACACAAGUAUUCCAUCAACGUGCGUCUUGGUGACUGACCCCAACGAUGCCUGCUGCAAGGUGCCUUACUGCACAAACAUCGUGCCAACACCUGCCCCAAAUGCAACGCCUGCCCCUAACCUGAACCCAACACCAGGAUUCCAGACCCCAGGAAGUGGACCCACAUUGGCGCCCAACAUGCAGCCUACAAUGGUGCCCAACCCAAACCCCAACCCAAACCCCAUUGCUACACCAGCACCUCAGCCACUCCCUAGAGAUGUUUGUAUAAUGAGUGGCAAGGCUUACACCCAGGGCCAGACAUGGUUUGACGGAUGUAAACAGACCUGUGUCUGUGACGAUGGAGCCACUGGACAUUACACUUGCAGUCAAAGGUGUGCGACAUUCACGAACGUUCAGCCCAACUGUGUGAUGGUACCAGACACCAAUGACCCCAUCUGCUGCCAGGUUCCAUACUGCACCCAGCCUAACAGCACUGUGCCACUCCCACAAACUGGCACCCACACUGGAGGCCCCAUCCCCACUCCACGACCAUCACCAACACUUGCACCCAGCCCAGGCAUGACUCCAGCACCCACCCCUGCUCCCAAUGCCCCGAAGGUGUGCGUGUACAAGAGCAGCAUGUACACACAGGGCCAGACCUGGCGAGAUGGAUGCCUCUACGACUGUACCUGUAAUGAUGCCGAACACGGAAAAUAUGUCUGCACUGACAUUUGCCCGAAGUACCCUAAUCUUCCGACAUACUGCAGAAUGGUUCGCGACCCAAUGAACCCGUGUUGUUCCAAGCCCGACUGUUCUGCCCCAACCCCUGCCCCAGGAGUAGUUACCCAGGCACCACUGCCAGGACAGACACCUUCACCCACACCUGCACCUAAAGCCAAUUUCUGUGUGUACAAGAGUGUGCCAUUGACCCAGGGCCAAGUAUUCCAGGACGGAUGUGACAAGUUGUGCCGAUGUGAGGAUCCCAUGAUGAACAGUGUUGUCUGUGAUGACAGGUGCCCAACAUACCCUGCCCUGCAGCCAGGCUGCACCAUGGUGACAGACCCUAACGACCAGUGUUGCCAGACCCCACAGUGCGCCCCUGUGUACCCCACAACAAACACGUCAACCAUCCCAGGCAUUCCCGGGGCAACCAUCACUGGAUCAACCCAGCCCAACCCCAGCGGACCAGUCACAGGAAAGAGAGAUCAGUGCAUAUACCAGGGUAAACUGUACACAACAGGACAGACCUGGGAUGAUGGAUGUACAUACACAUGUGUCUGUGUGGAUGGCAUGACUGGAAACUACAGAUGUACAGAGAAGUGCGCACGUUACUCGAACAUCCCCGCCCAGUGCACGAUGGUUCAGGACCCAGCGAACAAGUGCUGCCAGAAGCCCUACUGCUCAUAUAUCCCGCCCACGAUUGCACCAAAUAUGACUCCGAACCCCAACCCCUACUUGACUCCGUACCCCAACCCCAACCCGGGUGUCACCCAGGUACCCAUCCCUGGCCAGACCAAUGCCCCAGUGCCGGGCCAGACCAAUGCACCCACGUACACUUUGGCUCCAGCUCCGAAAAAUGUGUGCCAGUACAAGAACCAGAUAUACCAACAGAACCAGGUCUGGUAUGACGACUGUAAUGCAAUCUGCAAGUGUGAGGAUGCCUCGACUGGAUACUACAGAUGCCAGGAGAGAUGUGCCAAAUACACAUCAGUGCCCACAGGCUGCACACUGGUCCCAGAUCCGAAGGACCCAACAUGCUGCAAGAUCGCCUCAUGCCCGCUGCCCCCCACUGCUCAGCCAUCGCCUACGCCCGGAUACAUCCAGCCUAACCCCAACACCCCAGUGCCACCCAUGGUGACAGGUGUUGCUCCAGUACCUACACCAGCUGUUGUACCCCAGCCCACACCGGCCCCAGGACAGACACUAGCGCCCAACCCCAACCCCAACCCCAACCCAACACAGGCUCCCACGCCAAAGACUGGCUGCUACUACAACGGCAAGGUGUACCAGAAGGGCGAGAAGUUUGAUGAUGGCUGUGACUACCACUGUGUGUGUGUGGAUGACAUGACUGGACAGUACAGCUGCACCAAACGCUGUGCGGACUGGCCCCAGCCCCUGCCAGCACAGUGUGUGCUCCUCCAGGACCCAGCGGACGCCUGUUGCAAGAAGCCCUACUGCGACUACCUCAACCCAACUCCGUUCCCCAACGGUCUCCCGACACCCGCACCCAACCCAUACAUCACCCCUGCCCCAGGGUUUACAUUCGCUCCAACACCUUCUGGCCAGAACCCCACACAGGCUCCACCAGGCUACUGCGUGUACAAGGGAGUGUACUAUACUCAGGGACAGACCUGGGACGAUGGAUGUGACAAGAAGUGCCGAUGUGAAGAUGUCUCUACUGGCUACUACUCCUGCAAUGACAGAUGCCCAGUCUACAAUAACAUAGCCACCAACUGCAAACUGGUUACUGACCAAUCUGACACCUGUUGUCUGGUUCCCGACUGUAACACAUUCCCCACACCCAACCCGAUCAUCUACCAGCCAGGCACCGGAUCGCCAAUUUCCGGCACCAACCCGCCAACCCAACCUGCUCCUAUUCUCAUACCAAGCCCACUGCCUCCCGCUAUCAUAACCGGAACCAGCAGCAACAAUCCAGGCCAACCGGGAACCAAUACAGGAGGAACAAAGUUCUGCGUGUACAAGGGCAGUAUCUACACUCAGGGCAUGACAUGGGAUGAUGGAUGUGACUACACGUGCGAAUGUUUCGACCAGAUGAGAGGACAGUACAGAUGUACCGAAAAGUGUCCAAGGUAUGUGAACUUGCCAAACUACUGCAGCUACACACAGGAUCCAAUGAAACCUUGCUGCAAGAAGGCAACAUGUGACAUCACCAAGAUUCCUACACCUGCUCCACCCUCUCAUGCUACACUGCUGCCAGGCAGCAAUCCACCAUACACAGGAACAAACCCACUGUACACACUCCAACCAGGCACCAAUGCACCAUACACAGGGACCAACCCACAGUACACAUUCCAACCAGGAACCAAUCCACCAUACACAGGAACCAACCCACUGUACACACUCCAACCAGGAACCAAUGCACCAUACACAGGGACCAACCCACAGUACACACCGGGAACCAACCCACCAUCUACUGGAUCAAGAGACAAGUGUAUAUACCUGAAGGACAUGACCACCCACAUGCCUGGCUCCACCUGGCAGGAUGGCUGUGUCACCUGUGUCUGUGAGGAUGCAUACUCUAACUCUUACAAGUGCAACGGCAGAUGCCCGACCUUCUCCGACAUUCCAAACACCUGCUACCUUGUUCAGGAUCCCAAGGAUGCUUGCUGCAAGGUGCCCCAGUGUGGUGGUUCCCUGACCCCUGUCACGGUAACAGGAACAACAGGUACCGGCCCCGCAGGAAGUAACGUGGUUCCUAUCGGUUCCCACCAGAUGUUCUCGGGUUCAGGCAGACCAGAUACCCUCCCUGGAUACACCUCUAGCGGACUCAGAUCUGUGUGUGUGUACAAGGGCACAGUCCACCAGCAGGGAGAAUCCUGGGACGAUGCCUGUGACUACACUUGCACAUGCACUGACUCCAUGAAGGGACUUUACACAUGCACUUCCAAGUGCCCGUCUUACCCAACCUCCAUCCCGAGCUAUUGCCAGAUGAACACUGUACCCGGCAUGUGCUGUAAGACUCUCAGCUGUAACAUCCCACAGACUGGAAGCUACGUCCCUAACCCCAUGUUGGUGCCCACGCCCGCCCCAUCUCUUGCCCCCGGACAGACCCCAGCCCCCUUCACCGGUUCCCAAUCUUCGAUCUACCCAUCUGGUACUCAGCCAGUUAUUGGGGGAACCAGCCCAUACCCUGGUGCUGGAUACGCCCUGCCACCUGGAGUUACCGCCGGCAGCAUCAGAAACCAGUGUGUGUACAAACAGAGGCUGUACAACCUUGGCGAGACAUGGCAAGAUGGUUGUGACUACACCUGUGAGUGCAAGGAUGCCAUGACUGGAUACUAUGAGUGUAAACCACAGUGUCCGAGAUACACUCUGCCACAGGACUGUUACACAGUGAAGGCCUCAGGCCAAUGUUGUGACCAACCAGUCUGCACAAAGCCCGACGGCACAGAAUUCAACCCCCUGACAAACCCCAAUUCCCAGUACCCUGUCUACGGAGCGUACGGCCAGGGAACCGGCGGAUUCAGGCCAGGAUACAACCCAAGCACAGGAACAUCAAGCGCUACAUCUGUGUCCGGAAACAGUAACAUGUGUGUGUACAAGGGCCACAUGUACCGCCAGGACCAGAGAUGGGACGAUGGCUGUGACUACACAUGCCAGUGUACCGAUGCCUCACACGGGAUGUACACUUGCACACCACAGUGCCCUACCUACACAAAUCUACCUACUACAUGCUACAUGAUAACCCUGCCUGGGCAGUGUUGCCAGGAACCCAGGUGUAACACCCCAGUUGCCACGACAAUCAACACCCCCCACAUCCACAACACCCCUGCCCCACAUCUGUCGGGAUGCGUUGACCAGAUCAGCAACUGUGCCUCGUAUGGCAAGACCUCAUGUGUUGAUCCCUUCCUGCAAUGGGCCAAACAAAACUGUGUUGCUUACUGUGGAUUAUGCCCAGCGACAGGCACCACUUCCACCCCUGGAUGUACUGACAAACUGAGCAACUGUGAUGCGUUUGGAGCUUCCUCGUGUACUGGAAUCUACGAGCCAUGGGCACGCGACAACUGCAGAAAGACUUGCAAUCUCUGCACAACCUCUGUACCUGUGUUCACGACUCAUGCACCCAUGCCAUCCAACAACUGUGUUGACAAACUGACAACUUGUGACCAGUACGACCCAAACACCGCCUGCGUUGACCCGUACAAACAGUGGGCCAUCGAUAAUUGUCAGAAGACAUGCAAUCUUUGCACAGGCACCGCAAACAUCGGAACUACCAUCUCUGGCUCUCCCGACCGCAACUGGAUGAUCAUGAUGAAGGGCGUUGCAGGUGUGCCAGGGGACUUGUAUUCACUCUGGAACAGCGGCCAGACAGCCAACCCAAAUGUUCCUGAAGCCAUGUACCUUACUGCAACUUACCCUGGACACUACAAGCCUGACCUCUCAAACUACUGGGAUAGUCUCUGUAUUGAUAAGGUGAAGGUGGCCAUUUUCAAUGGAGGCAUCGAGCGUGCGAACAUCAUCUUUGACGCCACUGGUGCAAACAAGAUGAACUGGUUCGACCAGAGCAGAAUCAUCUCCUCCACAUGGACCGAUAUUAAAUAUGCCCCAUCCAACCUCUUCAGUAUGCUCGGCAACCCAAGCAUGGGCCACGAGUUUAUGGCAGCCAGUUCAGGCCAGGGAUGUAACGUUCAGGGCUGGGUCAUGAUUUCCACACAGAACAACUGCCCAUACGAGACUGGACACAACAACGCUUUCUACUACGCCCCUGGACAGCAGUCUGCUAACUUCGGUCAAACGGCACCUUUGUCUGGAGAUGUGUUUGCCAUCCUUGCUCAUCCUAACUGUGCUGGACCAACUCAGCCCACAAACACCAUUGUCGCCACUUCCCAGUUCUGUAUCUACAAGAACAAUAUUUACAAGCAGGGUGACACAUGGACAGACGGUUGUCAGUACAACUGUACCUGCGAGGACGCAACCACAGGAUUCUACAGAUGUGUUGACCUUUGCCCAGUAUGGAACAACUUGCCAAGCCAGUGCACGCUACAAAAGGCUGCAGGUGAUUGCUGUUCUAAACCAGUCUGCCAGGGAGGAGUCAUCAUAGACCAGUCAAACCUUACCAACACUUGCCUUUACAAUGGCCAGUACUACCACGAGGGCAACACCUGGAGGGAUGGAUGUAAAUACAACUGUGAGUGCAAGAAUGGACAGACCGGCUACUACGAGUGCAACACUCUGUGUCUGCAAUGGAACCUGCCACCACAGUGCCACAUGGACCCAGCGCCAGCAGGAAAAUGUUGCCAGGUGCCUGUCUGCCCGUCUAAUAUCCAAAUAACGUACCCACAGAAUUAUGUGCAACAGUAGCACACGCCACCCACACUCGUGUGAUAACAAUAUGUAGUGGUACCUAUUUAUGUGAUUUGUAUUAUUAUUGUUUUAUAACUGUUGUCUAAUGAAUAAAUUUAUUAAAUGUUA